CUUUCUAUCUGCUCGGGUUCCUCCAGCACAGAGCCAGGCACCUCAGUCCCACAUCACUCUUCUCUCUCUCCGUCUCUCUCUCUGCUCUGCACCUCCAGGAUGUCCUACAGUAAAACCACCUACAAGGUGUCCUCGUCCUCCUCGGGGACGGCGCCCCGCAGCUUCAGCAGCCGAUCCUACGCCGGCCCCAGCCAGGCCAGGCAGAGCUACAGCGUGCGCAGCUCCUACGGCGCCGGCGGCAUGGGGGUGGGGGGCAUGGGAGGAGGGAUGGGUGGCGGCGGCUACAUCUCCAGCUCCUCUUCUUACGGCCUGGGCUCCAGCAGGGGCAUGGGCAUGGGCAUGGGUGGAGGCGCUGUGGCCCCCAUCACAGCUGUCCAGGUGAACAAGAGCCUUCUGGCACCCCUCAACCUGGAGAUCGACCCCAACAUCCAGGUUGUCCGCACCCAGGAGAAAGAGCAGAUCAAGACCCUCAACAACCGUUUCGCCUCCUUCAUCGACAAGGUCCGCUUCCUGGAACAGCAGAACAAAAUGUUGGAGACCAAAUGGAACCUGCUGCAGGGCCAGACCACCGCCCGCUCCAACAUCGACUCCAUGUUCGAGGCCUACAUCUCCAACCUACGCAGACAGCUCGACGGCCUGGGCAACGACAAGAUGAAGCUGGAGGCUGAUCUCCACAACAUGCAAGGCCUGGUGGAGGACUUCAAGAACAAGUAUGAGGAUGAAAUCAACAAACGCACAGAAUGUGAGAAUGACUUUGUUCUCAUCAAGAAGGAUGUCGAUGAGGCUUACAUGAACAAGGUGGAGCUGGAGGCCAAGCUGGAGAGCCUUACUGAUGAGAUCAACUUCCUGAGGCAGAUUUAUGAGGAGGAGAUCCGUGAGCUUCAGGCCCAGAUCAAAGACACUUCUGUUGUGGUGGAGAUGGACAACAGCCGUAACCUGGACAUGGACUCCAUCGUUGCUGAAGUGCGUGCCCAGUAUGAAGACAUCGCCAACCGCAGCCGGGCUGAGGCCGAGACGUGGUACAAGUCCAAGUAUGAGGAGAUGCAGACAUCUGCCAGCAAAUAUGGUGAUGACCUCCGAUCAACGAAGACAGAGAUCGCUGACCUCAACCGCAUGAUCCAGAGGCUGCAGUCAGAGAUUGAUGCCGUCAAGGGACAGCGUGCCAACCUGGAGAACCAGAUCGCAGAGGCUGAGGAGCGUGGCGAGAUGGCCGUGAGAGACGCCAAGCUGCGCAUCAAGGACCUGGAGGACGCCCUCCAGAGAGCCAAGCAGGACAUGGCCCGCCAGAUCAGGGAGUACCAAGACCUGAUGAACGUCAAACUCGCCCUCGACAUUGAGAUCGCCACCUACAGAAAACUGUUGGAGGGAGAGGAGGACAGGCUGGCCACUGGAAUUCAGUCCAUCAACAUCUCUAAACAGAGCACGAGCUACAGCUCAUUCCCAAUGGAGAGUGCUAGCAGCGGCUUCAGCAACUACUCGAGUGGAUACUCAAGCAGAUACGGUGGCGGCGGCUACAGCAGCGGCGGAGGCUACAGCAGCGGAGGCUACGCAGGCGGCGGCUACAGCAGCGGCGGCGGCGGCUACAGCUCUGGAAGUGGCUAUGGCGACAGCGCGAUUACCCAGAGCAAGAAGAGCGUCGUCAUUAAAAUGAUCGAGACCAAGGACGGCAAAGUGGUGUCUGAAUCCUCUGAGGUCGUCCAGGAUUGAGCAAUUAGUCCCCAACAUUUUCCCUAGCAGUUUUUUUUCACUCAUUCCCUUCCUCACCAUUAAACACUGUUACAUACCGAGUUUAAAGUCACCUACAAGGUUGUAAUGAAGUACACUUAACUCCGACCAAAGAUUUAAAGGGACCAAAUGUAAUCCCACACAGUGCCUUAUUCUGAGUUAAGCAUCUGCACUAGACCGCUUUCAGCAAUACUGUGUGUAAACAGACUUGUGAAGGUCAGAUCAGGUCAAUGUCUUGGCAAGGAAUAGCUCCAUAUCUUGAGUAUGCUGAGGUGGCUAUGUGUUCGUAGAUCCAUGAUGUGUGUUGGCUCAGUUUCCAUUUUGUGCCUUAGCAGAAACUACAGUAGGUAAAACUGCCUUCAUGUCCUCCAAGGUGCUGAAUUUUGCUACCAAAAAUAAAUGUUUACUGAGAGCA